CCCUGGACUACUGGCGCUCCGGCCUCAGCCUCUCCAGGUCCCCUACCUCUACCCCCACCAUAUCUAUCCCUAUUCCUGAGCCUCUCUUCAUCCCUAAACUUUAGAUUCUCAGUAAACAGGCUUCCUGAGCUCCUGCCUCUCUCAGGCCUUUCUAAUCUCACCAGCUCUAAGGCCUGACCAGGCCUCCCACAGACCAACAGCAGCAGACCUCCUAAACCACUCCACUUUCUUUUUCUCCCUGCCCCACUCCAUGCAUGGAGAAUCCAGGACUAGUUGUGCAUGGGCAGACUGCUUCCUUUUCCACAGCACUUCGAAGUCUUGUCAACAACCCCCAAUACAGUGAUGUUUGCUUUGUGGUCGGUCAAGAACGGCAGGAGGUAUUUGCCCACCGGUGCCUGUUGGCCUGUAGAUGCAACUUCUUCCAGCGACUGCUGGGCACAGAGCUGGGCCCCGGGGUGCCUAGUCCUGUGGUGCUAAGCACUGUGCCAGCUGAGGCCUUCUUGGCAGUGCUGGAGUUCCUGUAUACCAACAGUGUCAAGUUGCACCACCACUCUGUGCUGGAGGUGUUGACGGCAGCUGUGGAGUAUGGGCUAGAAGAACUGCGAGAGCUGUGUCUGGAGUUUGUGGUGAAGGUGCUGGACGUGGAAUUGGUUUGUGAGGCUCUGCAGGUGGCUGUAACCUUUGGCCUGGGGCCGCUGCAGGAGCGGUGCAUAGCUUUCAUAGAAGCCCACAGCCAGGAGGCGCUCCGGACCCGUGGCUUCCUGGAGCUGUCGGCCGCUGCGCUGCUUCCCCUGCUGCGCAGCGACAAGCUCUGCGUGGACGAGCUCGAGCUGGUCCGGGCAGCCUGGAGCUGGGCGCGCGUGGGCGCGGCGGUGCUGGAGCGGCCUGUGGCUGAGGUGGCGGCCCCGGUGGUGCGAGAGCUGAGGCUGGCCUUGCUGGCCCCGGCGGAGCUGAGCGCCCUGGAAGAGCAGAACCGGCGGGAGCCGUUUAUCCCGGUGGAGCAGAUCGUGGAGGCGUGGAAGUGUCAUGCCCUGAGGAGAGGGGAUGCGGCCCGGGGAGCACUGUGCCGCCGACGGAGGGGGACCCUGCCCCGGGAGCACCACCGCUUUCUGGACCUGCCCUUCAAGUAACUCAAGGCCGUGACUAGAGAGGAAUUCCUGGCCUACUCAAAACUGCAGUUCCCAACGUGCUCUGCGGUUGGAGCGGGCUUCCGCUCCCAGCAUGCCGCGCCUUCCGGGAGCCGGAAGGCUUGUUCUCGGGUGCCGCGCCCUGUGCGAGACGACCGGCCUAGGGCGGGGCUGUGAGAAGAGUGCUGGUCCAGUGCCUUCUCACGAUGGCGAAAUCCAAAAGCGAGGGUUUCUUUCACUCCACGGCGGGGCACUCUCGUGCGCAGGUGUACUCUGAUUGCGCCCACGUGUCUAUUCGGUCCAGCCUCUUCUUUAAUAAUAGCUCUUCCUCCUGGAGAUCGUUCCUUGAGUGCCCCACAGACACCUCAGUGCACAAUCGAGCUCCCUGUCUUUCCCCCAGCACUGUCCCGGUUCUGUUUCUCAUUUCCGUGAGCGCCCACGCCGGAAACUUGGACGUCAUCAUUGCCCCAUCCCUCUCCCUCGCACUUGCCUCAGGUCUUUCUACUUCUUAAAAGAUCUUUCCAGAUGUUUCAGUCUUUAGCCUAUCCUGCCUAUCACGUCUUAUAACCCUUCUUGUCUUCACCCCUCAAUCGAUUUCCCACAUGCAGUCAGCCCUAUCAGAUUGUCAAGUCGACUUCCCUUAAGUCCCUCUAUAUCCCUAAUACACUCGCUGGGCAUUCAAAACUAUUGUGGUUUCUGAGCAUUUAGCAACUCUUCUUUCAUCCC